CUUGAUGGUGUCAUUUCCGGUAUUGCGGUGGCUCUGCUUAUGCUAGGUGUUUUUAAACUGGGUAUCAUGAAGCGUACGAUCUUCGAUUUAAAAUAAUUCUCCGCGUUGCAUUUGGAGAUUCAGUAUGCCGAAAGAAGAGCCUCGUUUGAGUGAAGAUAGUCCAUGUGCAACAGCCAGCAAGAAUGCAAGAGAUAAGCUGAACAGUGCUCCUCUGCUGGUGCUGUGUGAUGCAAAAGACACUUCGAGUAGAAGAGUGUCCCACUGCAAUUCAGAAAAGGACUCUGGCUACUCUGAUGCUGGUUCAGACUGGCAACAGACAGACGCUGAGGACCAGCAGAGCACCAAAAGCCAGCACAGAAUUGGUGACACAGUAGGUGCUUCACAGCCAUACCAGAAUCAGGUGCUGCAGGAAGGGUGUCCUGGUAAUUCCACGUUAAUGCCACAGAGUCCUCAGAAUCCACCCUUUUAUGUCCUCAAGAAGAUGGUGCUCAAGCAGCCUGAUACAAUCCAGAAAAGACGUCAAAUGCUCUGGGGAAACGGAAGCAGGGACACCCAUGGUUCUGCUGCCACUCAGACCGUUCUGUUGCCAGCCUCCACCCAGCUCCACAGACCUUUGUAUCAGAAGACCCACGUGACAGGGAAGACAAUAAAUAGUACCCGCCUCCCUGUUCUCAACUCCUAUCCCCACAUUGCCCCACAACCAACUAAGAAACUACCUGACAGGUUUUCACUGAACAGUGAAUCCCAAAAUCUAAGUGUGAGCUUGGAACCCAAGAACAAUGACGCAUGUAUGACAAGGAGGGGACCUGAACAGCACCUUCAUAAACAUCCGAAAUUAGAGAUCUCAAGCCCCAACCCAUGUUUGCCUUCAGAUAAAGAUGGCCUGUCCUCCUCCAGUGCCACUGCUGUCUCCUCCAAUGUGGGCUCUUCAUUUACAUCUGCAUCCACUGUCUACAGCACACCUUCUGUCCACAAAACCAGAGGUCUUUACAGAAACAGCCUCACUAGUAUUCAUCACCGCCGUUUCCUCAAUACAGUUAAAAUUCUCAGGCAGUCGGGUCUGUUGGACAUUACUCUGCGCACCAAGGAGCUGCAGCGCCAGAACAGCGCAACAGAGCGGGACAUCGUCCAGCUGCGCCUGCACACAGAGCUCUUGUGCCGGGCUGCCAACUGCUCCAGUGACAACCCAAAUAAUAUCACGGCAUGGCAGAACAUACAUGAAGCCAUGGCUCACUCUGGCAGCUACCCCAACCUCAAAAUCCUGAAGGUCUUACAAACUCACUCACACUCAGGUUCUGUUAGUCAGCCAAAUAGUAUUUCUGCAGAAAACAUCAAUGUGACAUUUGCUGCUGAGAACUCAAACAUGCCACCAUAUUGCCUUCUAACUGCCAGCCGAAAUCCAGGUCAGUUUCCCUCAGAAGAAGGCAGGGUCGAUAACCAAGCCUCAGGCAAAGUCACUUUUAUGCCACCUGACAGUUCCACCAGUUCAGACAGUAUAUAGUGCCUUUAAAAAGUGCACACUCAGGGCUAACCAGAGGAGAACCACAAUCCUGUAGGUUAUGAAGUUGUCUGUUGGUAAUAUUUGUGGUUUGUAUGUUUUAUCCCUGGUUAUCUACACCCCAUUUUCAUGGAAGUGAAAUGUAUCAUGGCAAUCUAAUAUAUCUUGAAAAGCACUCGGUAUACAUGUUGUGUUCCAUACAGUUUGCCUUCAGUUUAAUGUGCCUUUAUCCAUUCAGCCAUCUGCUACAUCACUUAUCCUGUGGAUGGCUCCAGGAGUUGCAAACCUAUUUCAAUAGAUAAUCAGAGGCGGGUUAAACCCCAGCUAGUCUAUCACUCUCUCAUUCACACCAACAGCCAACUUGGCAUAUCCAGUUAACCUGUGUGACUUUAGACCAUAGGAGGAAGUUGAAGCAUCCAGAGAGAACACACAGUGACAGUGUGCAAACUCCACAUGGAAGGGCCUGAGCUAAUUUCAAACUUACAUGCGUUACUACUACUGCGUUACUAUUACUAAGAGGUGGGUGGCAUUGUCCUGCUUCAGGGCCCAUGUCCAUAUAGUAUUUGCUUGUUUUUAAUUUGUCCCAAAUAGUUCUUGUAGUUGGAGUAGACCAGCUGUAACUGGGUACUGGCCUUGGCUGGGGAAGGAAGCUACGAUGGACUGUUUUUCCUGUCCAUGAAGAGUCACACUCUCAUCUGCUUUACGUGACUAUAUCUAGGGAAAGACCAUUGUGCUUCAGAUCCUGUAUAAGACUUGCAAAUGGUGGUCCCAAGGUGUUCCCAAGCCACCUUGGAAAUAUCCCGCCAGUAUGUCCUGGGUCUUCCCCAGUGCCUCCUCCUAGUAGGACGUGCCUAUAAGACGUCUUUAUGGAGAUGACCAGGGCCAUCCCCACCAGAAGCCCGAACCAGCUUCUGUCUUAGCUCCUUCUUCACUGCAAUGGUCCGGUAUAGCUUUCGUAAAUAAUCAGACACCGUACCAAUCCGUAUAUAUCAAAUUCCUGGUCCAGCUUGUCCCCACUCAUGAACAAAACCCCUAGAUAUUUAAACUCCUCAACCUGGGGCAGUAACUCUCCCCUGACCCAGAGGGGACAAUCCACCCUUUUCUGACAGAGGACUAUGGUCUCAGAUAUGGAGGUGCUGACUCUGAUUCCAGUUUCUUCACACUUGGCCUCAAACCUGCUCAGUGCCCAUCAGACAGAGGUCACUGCCUGUUGAAGCCAGCUUUUAAGGCCAUAUGAAUUGAAAGCUUGUUUGAGAAACUAAACCCACAUGCAGCCAAUCUUAAAUAUAUAUAAUAUAGUACAUCCAGAAUGUAUUCGCAGCGCUUCACUCUUUACACAUUUUCUUAUGCUACAGCCUUGUUCCAAAAUGGAUGAAAUUCAUUUUUCCCCUCAAAAUUCUACUCAAAACACCCCAUAACAACAUGAAAAAAGGUUUGUUU